GUUGACGUUUGACAUGUGUAAAUCGCGUUUAAGUGUUUUUCAGCCCCAAAAUUCGAAAAAAAUCGGCAAGCGCUUAUCCAGAAAAGCAUUUAUAGCUUAGAGGACGCUUUUUGGUUGUAGUGUGUCAGCGUCCUCUAAACAUGAAUGCUUUUCAGACUUGUCGGAACACUUCGGAUACCGUGCCCCUGUAUCUCCCUCAGCAGUUAUACUUGAAACCAGCGGCUCGUCUGAACAUAUCCAUCCAACUCCCCAAUGUGAAGAAACUAGAAAAGAGCAUCUCCCAUUGGGAGAUCAUGGAGAAAGUCCGAACUCUGAUAAAACCCGACGAAUUCUGUGUACUCAAAGUCUCCAAAACCACCAUCGAGUUCGUGAGGUUUGAAGCCGAGCUGGACAGUCGAGCGCGACUGGAAAGAGUGAUUUCCAAAUUAGACAACAACUCGAUUAAACUCAAAGAAAUUCCGGAUCUUUUGCGCUUGAAAGCGGCUGAAAUAAAAUCCGACUUUCCCACUCGCCACAAAUGGGACACUUUUUUUCAUGAAGCUAAAGAUAUGGAUGAGAUGAAGCCCGGACAGAGACCUGACACUGUGCACGUCGCGAAUUUACCGAUAAAGUGGUUCGUUCCGUACCAUAUGAACGACGAAGAAGACGUGACCCCGUCGGAGAAGAUGUUCUACCGAAUUUUUGAAAAAUUCGGCCACAUUCGGUACGUUGACAUCCCAGUGUGCGACCCGUAUCGGAAAAAAAUGAAAGAGCACAUUUCCGGGUUUAAGGUACACGCACCUGACGAUAAAGAAUUUUUUGAAGGUUAUGUUCAAUUCAAAGAUUAUAUAGGGUUUACGAAGACCAUGGAUGCUCUGAAAGGGAUGAAGUUGAUGCGAAAAGAAGAAGACGAGUCGCUUUGUGUCAGUAUUAAAGUCGAUUUUGAUAGGUCUAAGCAUUUGAGCGAUGCGUCUCUUCGACGCAGAGAGAUCGUUAGAGACAGGUUAGUGCGGAAACAAAGGGAGAAAGAAGAGAAGGAAAAGCACGAGCUCGAAGCCAAAAAGAAGAAGGAGCGCAGUGAGAGGCAAAAGGAAAUUGAUUUAAAGACAGAGAAAGAAAAGAGACGACGGGAAAGGGAAGCCAAAAGGAAGGCGAAGUUGUUGGAAAAGUUAAAAAGUAGUGGGUGUGAUGAUAUUAACGAUAAAAUCGCUAAAGAAGAAAAGAAACUUUUAAAAGCGCAGAGAAAACUAGAAGCGAUUAGACUAGUGGAGGAACUUUUUAAGAGAAUUAAGGAAAAAAAAGAGGAGAGUAACGACUCUAGCAAAGGCAAGGGGGAAAGCGUCGACGAGUUGAAACGAUUGAAAGACAUGAGCGAAUUGGAGGUUUUAACCCGGCGACAAAAAUUGCACAACGCCAUUGAAGGGCGAGUCGUUCUUAAAAGCAUUCUUUCAGAACGAAAAAAAUCACGAAAGAAUUCUUCAAGUUCUGACACUUCUUUAUCACCUGAUGACGAUCCUGCAGACGGCGACCGCACCGCCACCCCCGACCUGCUCUACGACCCCAACUGGUACCCCUACACCUACCCCGCCCCGCUCUACGCGCCGCCUCUGCGCGCCGGCUACGCCCCGUAUCCGCCCCGCGGCCGCCUCCCGCGCGCGCCGCUCCCGGGCCCGUCCCGCGGCCGCCAGUUCUCCAGGGGCCGCGGCUACCGCUCCCGCUACAGAGGCGGCUACCGCGGCGGCUACUCGCACUACUCGCCCGAAGUGGAAGAGGAGUACCUCAAGUACUUCUCCAAGUUCUUCUCCGACCACGACAAGAGGUCAAGAAGCCGGUCGAAGUCGCGCCGCCGGAGCUACAGUCGGUCGAGGUCCAGGUCGCGCUCGCGGCGCAGGUCGUACACGAGGUCCAGGUCGUACUCGCGCAGUCGCUCCCGGUCGCGCUCGUACACCCCGAAGAGGUCCAGGUCGAGGAAGCGCUCGAAGAGGUCGAAGUCGAGGUUCACGCCGUCGCCGAAGCGGAAGUCGAGGUCGGGGAGCGUGGACAGCUCGAAGUUCGUGUCGCCGAGGAGUUUGCGGAGGGCGAGGUCCAAGUCGUGGUCCAUGCCGAGGAGCGGAGAGAAGAGGCGGUCGUGGUCGACCACGCCCGAGAAGAAAUAGGGGGGGGGGGGGGUAUUUAUUGUAUUGUUUUUGAGAAGUUUUAUAUUUGUUUUGAGUGUUAGGAACAAAGAUUUUUUACA